AUGGUGAACAGUAUUUUAAAAAAAUUAUAGAGCCUUAUGAACACGAAUUUAAUAUAACAGUAAACUCAAGGAAUAUAAUUGAAAGACUUGACACGUGUGCCGAACAAAUGAAAAUCAAACUAUCUGGUUAACUACGAAACAAAAUGAUUUGCAUAAAGUUGGACAUUGCUUCACGAAUGGAAAAAAGUAUAUUGGGAAUUAACGUUCAAGUUAUUGAUAAUUUUCAUAUAAAAAUUUUUACUAUUGGGAUGGUGGAAUUGAAAAAAAGACACACUGCACUGUUUCUAAAGGAAGAAAUCUUAAAAAGUGUCCAUAAAUUUGGUAUAAACGCGGCACAAAUAUAUUCUUCUACUACCGAUAAUGAAGCGAACGUUGUGAAAACUUCAGAGUUACUUCAAGAAAGUGAAACCACGGAUGGUGAUGAAUAUGAAAAAAUUCACACUAGAUUGAAUUCGGUAUUGUCGGUGGUAAGAUGUGCUGUACAUACGCUCCAACUAGCUGCACAUGAUGUAUAUAAAACUGUUUCAUCAGAAUUAACCAAGUGUAGAGAGGCGGCACGUUUUCUUCGAAAAAAGAUUCGUAAUGAAAAUUUUGGUGAAGGUAUCCGAAUGCCUACAUUAGACAAUUUAACUAGAUGGAAUUCUACGUUCGAUAUGUUAAAUUCUCUGUUGAACUUGGAAGAAUUUGUAAAUAUUCAUGAAGUUAACUGUCAAAUAAAUUGGGAUUUCGUACAAAAUUUUGUUGCUGCGUUUAAGCCCAUUGCUGAAUGUACAAGAAGUUUGCAAACAGAAGAUUAUAUAAUGGGUGAUUUCUACAGGGAUUGGCUGCUUUGCGAAACGAAAUUGGAAACUAUGCCGAACAAUAUCUUCGGUAGUACUUUAUUAGAAUCAAUGCAGUUGCGGAAGGAAAAGCUUCUUGAAAACAAUGCAUUCGUUUCCGCUUUAUAUAUGGAUCGAAGAUUUUAUUAUAUGGAUUCACUGUUCUUCAAUGAAAUGCGAAGAAAACAGGCGGUAUCACAUAUAAUUUCUACAAGCACAAUGUUAAGUUCUUUGGAGGGAAAUCCAAUAUGCAAUGAUGCAGAUCCAGUGGCCAGCCAAGUUGAAUUCCAACCUUCUCUGUCUUCAAAUGAUACUUUUCACUUACUUGAACAAAAAGUUACUUCUUGGACGCAGCAAUCUCCUCACCCAACAAGCAAUGUUCAAACAAUUCGUCAAAAACUUGAAGGAGUAGCACACGAAACUCGGAUGCCUUUCCAAACAAACAUACUGGAUUACUGGAAAGGUUUGCGAAGCUAUGAGCCAGCUUUAGCCAAAUUAGCCGAAGUAGUUCUAUCUGUUCCAUGUAGUCAGACUUCAGUAGAACGUGCCUUUAGUGCUCUUUCGUUAAUUUUAACUAAGAAUCGUUCCAGGCUCAACGCACAAAAUAUCAAUAAUUUGCUUUUGAUAAGGUUAAAUGAAGAACUUUUUAAUAAUAUGAAUUUUUCUUAAGGUAAUUUUUCAUCAAAAAAUUAUCAACUUUAUUUAUUGAAUUAUUUGUGUUCUUUUUCUAUUGAAAUAUAUACUUACAUGUUUUGUUUGUUUUAAUAUAUAAGUACUUACUUAUGUACGUACAUAUGUAUGUAUGCACAAAUACGGAAAAUAACUAAAUAAAAAUUUGAGUGUCUAUUCUUUAUUUGUAAAUACAUAUGUAUAGGCUGUUGCUUUUUUUCUUUAAAUAAGAGACAAUACUAAUGACAAGUAAAAAAAGAUGAGUUUUAUUUUUCGUAUCACUUGAACACUCAGAGCGAUAAAAAUAAAGAUGAUGCGUUAGGCAAAUAGUUAUCUUUUAAAAAUUCUCGCUCAUGCUAAUAUAUGAGUGAGCCAAAUACGUGAGGAGUUUUUUUGUGAUGAGAAUGUUAGUUAAGCUUGCGCUCCUGAGUAUUUGAAAUGAUGUUCUCUUGCGGAAUAUUACUCAUCAGAG